ACUUUGUAUUUGUAAUAUAAUAAUACAAACCAUUCUGGUCUUCUCUUCCGUCUCUUCUCUCCCCACCGAAUUGGCACCCAAAAAAAAAUAAAAAUGCCAAGAAAUGGCUCAGUCGAGGAAUCGAAAGUACCGUUGCUGGACUAUUCAUCAUCAAACACAGUCCGGUCAACCCAUGAAGAAGAUAAUCAAGAUCUUGGUCUUACACAGAGGGUCUUGAUUGAAUCAAAGAAGCUAUGGCACAUAGUAGGCCCUUCCAUGGUCAGCCGCAUCGCCUCCUUCUCCAUGUUCGUCAUCACCCAAUCUUCUGCCGGCCACCUCGGCGACCUUGAACUCGCUGCUAUCUCCAUUUCCUCCAAUGUCAUCCUCGGCUUCAACUUCGGCCUCUUGUUGGGGAUGGCAAGUGCUUUAGAAACACUAUGUGGGCAAGCAUACGGAGCAAAGAAGUACCAAAUGUUAGGGAUAUAUAUGCAGCGUUCAUGGAUAGUUCUCUUCAUAUGUGGUGUUAUUCUUUUGCCAUUCUACAUCUUUGCCACUCCAAUCUUGAAGUUAUUGGGACAGCCUUCAGACAUAGCAGAACUAUCGGGGGUUGUCUCUAUUUGGAUGAUUCCACUUCACUUCAGCUUUGUGUUUCAGUUUCCUCUCCAGAGGUUCUUGCAGAGCCAGCUCAAGACCGCCGCCAUUGCCUGGGUAUCUGUGGCUGCUCUCGCUGUCCAUUCCUUGGUUAGCUGGUGGUUUGUUUACAGGCUUAAGUUUGACCUCGUUGGGGUUGUUGUUACUUUGAAUUUCUCUUGGUGGAUUUCGGUGUUUGGCCUGUUUGCUUACGUUGUUCUUGGUGGCUGUCCUCUUACUUGGAUUGGCUUCUCCAUUGAAGCCUUUUCGGGUCUUUGGGAGUUUGUCAAGCUCUCUGCUGCUUCUGGGGUCAUGCUGUGUUUGGAGAAUUGGUACUACAGAAUACUGGUAUUGAUGACUGGAAACCUGCAGAAUGCUGAAAUUGCUGUGGAUGCUUUGUCCAUAUGCAUGAAUAUUAACGCAUGGGAGAUGAUGAUUCCUCUUGCAUUCUUUGCCGGAAUUGGAGUGAGGGUUGCUAACGAGCUCGGAGCAGGCAAUGCAAAAGGCGCGAAAUUUGCAACGAUAGUUGCAGUGAUGACAUCUUUAGCGAUUGGUCUCUUCUUCUGGUUGUUGAUUCUCAUUUUUCACAAUGAGAUUGCCCUAAUAUUCACUUCCAGCAAACCUAUCCUUGAAGCUGUAGACAAGCUCUCUAUGCUUUUAGCCUUUACUCUUCUCCUCAAUAGUGUCCAACCAGUUCUCUCUGGGGUGGCGGUUGGAUCGGGAUGGCAAUCGUAUGUUGCAUACAUUAACAUAGGUUGUUACUAUCUGCUUGGAGUGCCCCUUGGCUUUGUAAUGGGAUGGGUUUUUAACCAAGGAGUCAUGGGUAUAUGGGCUGGAAUGAUUUUUGGUGGAACUGCAGUUCAAACUGUGAUAUUGGCCAUCAUUACUAUCAGAUGUGACUGGGAAAAAGAGGCAGAGAAAGCAACCAUGCAUGUGGGGAAAUGGUCAGAGAGGACAUGAUGAUAAAAGUUCAAUGUUUAGAAAAAUAAAAAAAAGUAAAAAAAACCUACACUAAAGUUUCUCAUGCAGAAGGAUUUGGGCCUGAAAAUGAUUUCUGAUUUGUAACUUGCAUAUGAUGCAAAAUUAUAAAGAAUAAAUAUUUAUUCAUCGCAAAGGUGUUAGUGGGGGUAAUUAUUUAGUAAUUUCAAAAUAUAGACACGUGAUAUUCUAUAGUAUUAUGAUUGAUGAAGAAAGUGGGUAAGUAGGAUAUUGUGUUAGGUGAUUGAGAAAUAUAAGAGACAUAAUGAAUGAUGAUUGCUUUAAUUCCAUGUGUGUGGUUCGUUUGGUUUGGUU